UGUAAACGAUAAAGAAAAAAUAUUCUCCGUUUAUAAAAGAAUUCAAAUAUUUGACUCACUGAAAUGUUUGGGAUGGAUGUGGAAAUUUGAACCUGACUAUGAAUCCCCAUCAUGCAGCGCGAGAGGGCCCUUCCAAAAUGGCGGACGGGAAGAAUGACGCAGAUAGCAGAAAGACGGAUGAGAAUGAAGAUGACGACUCUGAGGGUGACGAGGAAGAAGAAGAGGAGGAGCCUAAACUGAAAUAUGAAAGACUUGGAAAUGCUGUCAAUGAGAUACUCAGGAAAGAUGAGUGUGCCAGUUGCAUGGCUGUCCAUUCUAAGUUUCUUGCUCUUGGAACACACUACGGCGUAGUUCAUGUUAUGGACCACUUGGGAAACAGUAUAAGAAGCAAGGAGUUCCCAUCACACACCACUGCAGUGAACCAGAUUAGUAUUGAUGAGAAGGGGGAUUAUAUAGCAAGCUGCUCAGAUGAUGGCAGGGUUGUCAUCAAUGGUCUUUACAGCUCUGAGAACAAUGUGCAAGCAACCUUUGACAGUCCCAUCAAAUCAAUUGCUCUAGAUCCAGAAUUCUCCACCAAGACCACAAAGUUGUAUGUUACAGGAGGGAGCAAGCUGACAUUGACUGAAAGGGGGUGGUUCAGGAACAAGACCACUGUUCUUCACGAAGGAGAAGGGGCCAUCAGGACCAUCAAGUGGCGUGCUACUUUCAUAGCCUGGUCAAAUGAUGUGGGAGUGAGAGUGUUUGACACAAGUUCCAAAAAAGUUAUCACUUACAUCAAGCGAGACCAAGGAAGUCCUCGCCCCCAACUUUAUCGUGGCAACUUAUGGUGGAAAGAUGAUGUGACCUUGGUAAUUGGAUGGGCAGACAAUAUCACGAUUUGUGUUGUCAAAACUCGGGACCAUGAAGUGAGGGAUCUUCCUUCACGAUAUGUAGAAAUUGUUGGCAAGUACAAGACUGAGUACUACAUCAGUGGAAUAGCCUCACUUGGCAAAGAGAUUGUCAUACUCUCCUAUAUGACAGAUAUUGAGGCUGGCGAUAAAAGGCAAGCGGGUGAGCUCUCAGCGCAGCGGCCACAGCUCCGCCUCCUUCAGUGCCUAAGUCUGAACGAGAGUGAAGAGAUGUCAGCGGACGCCCUCUCCAUAAGAGGAUACCAGCACUACCGCUGUGAUGAUUACCAUCUAGCCCCUCUUGUUGAAGUUAUUGAUUCUGGCUCAUCCCAUAUCAAGGAAAAUGUUGCAGAAGAGAACUUGUUUUACAUUGUCAGUCCCAAAGACAUUGUUUUGGCUAAGCCCAGAGAUAUGGACGACCACUUAACAUGGCUGAUUGAACAUGGAAAAUUUGAAGAGGCAAUGGUUGCUGUUGAGCGUCACAAAAAGGAAGUGAAGAAGCACAGUUACCAGGAUAUUGGGCGUGCCUUCCUCAAGUCUCUGAUGGAUGAUGGAGACUAUGAGCAGGCAGCAAGGGUGUGUGUCAAAGUACUAGGGGAGGACAAAAAGCUUUGGGAAGAUGAAGUGUACAAGUUUGCUCGCAAAAAGCAGCUUAAGGCCAUAGCUCCCUAUAUACCACGAGGGAAUCUUCGACUGAGCAAAGCAAUAUAUGAGAUGGUGUUAGAUGACUUUCUCAAGACAGAUAGCAAGAAAUUUCAAGACUUGGUAAAGGAAUGGCCUGCAGAUUUAUACAGCGUUCAGACAAUUAUAGCCGCGGUCCAGGAGCAGCUAGAGGCUGAGCCAGAAAACAUCAUUCUAUUGGAAACUUUGGGAGAAAUGUACACGUACCUGAAAAGAUAUGAUAAAAGCUUGGCUAUCUUUCUGAAGCUACGCCAUCCAGAUGUCUUCAAUUUGAUUCAUCAACACAACCUUUUCAAAUCCGUCCAGGAAAACAUAGUCAUGCUCAUGGAAUUUGACGCAGAGAGAGCUGUAAAGAUGUUGAUUGAAAAUGUCGACAAAGUUCCGGUGGAGGAUGUUGUGCGUCAACUUAGCAAGCGCAAUGAGCUACUACACCUGUAUCUGGAUUCUCUAUACCAGAAAGACCCUCAAGCAGGGAUGGAUUUCCAUGAAUUGCAGGUUGGGCUGUACGCAGAAUUCAACAGAAGUCGUCUUCUUCCUUUCCUUCGUAGCAGUAACUAUUAUCCUCUGCAAAAGGCGUUGGCAGACUGUGAACAGCGUCACCUUAUUGCUGAGAUGGUCUUUCUACACAGCCGAAUGGGGAACAUCAAGCAAGCGCUGCAUCUCAUUAUCGAGGAGGAACAGGACGUCGAUCAGGCGAUCGAAUUUUGCAAAGAGCAGAAUGACGAAGAAUUGUGGGAAGAUUUGAUCAAGUAUUCGCUCGACAAGCCAUCCUUCAUCACGUGUCUACUGCACAACAUCGGGACCCACGUGGAUCCUAUCAGGCUCAUCAAGCGAAUUCCACAAGGAAUGAAGAUUCCAGGCCUGCGAGAUUCACUUGUAAAAAUUUUACAAGAUUACAACUUACAGAUCUCAUUGAGGGAGGGAUGCAAAAAAAUUUUAGUCAAGGACAGCGUGUCACUCAUGAACCGCCUCAUCAAAGUCCAGCAACGCGGCGCAUGUGUCGAUGAGGACAUUGUUUGUCAAGGUUGCCGUGGAUCCGUUCUUGCGUCUGACAGUCGAAGGGCGUCCGAUGUCAUCGUUUUCUUCUGCAAGCAUGUGUACCACAGAGACUGUAUAACCCUGCGGGGCGUGGGCCCUUUCUGUCAAAUCUGCACAGCACACAGCCAGGUGAAGAGGAUGCGAAGUAGACUUGGGACCAUGUACAAGUAGGCAGAUCAAAUAAGGGUUAGGAGCAACUCCCAUGGUUCCCAUACACGGAGACUCUUAUCGUCGAGCAGAUCUAAUGUUGAUUUUUACUUAAUAACAGCGUCUUCUUGCACGAGUCAGUAUUCGCUCAUGGGCGCAUGCGUGCGUUGUACACAGGCAACCCAUCUACGCCUAGAGUAGAGAUAGAUUUUGAGGGCGUACACGGAUAUUAUUAUCGUCUUGUCAAAUCAUUUAGAAAAAUCCCUAAAUACAAUAUUGAAUACAAUGA